AUGAUGAAGGUGUUAUUAAUUUUUUGUGUAUUACUUGCCGUUAAUGCAGAAGACCGUUUUGUAAAUCAUAGAGUCCAUCGUUUUAUUAAUGGUAGAUGGUUUGAAAAGUAUAGUCGUAAACAUCAAAAUAAUGUUAGAGCUUUAUACACCCAAUUAAAACAAACAGUUAAAAUGAUUCGAAAAAUAGAAAGAACAAUGGCAAAUAAACCAAUUAAUGAAAAGAAAGGAAUGAUGAAACAAUUAGUUGUAUUAAGAAAACAAGCUGCUGAAAUUCGUAGAGCUUUAGCUGAACAAAUUCGUUCAAUUAGAAAAAUUAGAAGAACCCAAAGAAAGAGAUUAAGAAGACAAAGAAGAGUUGCAGGAAAAACUGUCAGAAGACAUUUAAGACAAUUGAUGAAAGAUUUAAGAAGACAAUACAGAAAUAAACCAAGAGAAUUCUAUCAACAAUUUAAAAGUCAAUCAAGAAAAGUUUUUAAUAUAAGAAAGUGUCAAAAAUUCCACAAACUUUGCAAAAAGAUAGUCAGAAGAUUUAAUCACAAAGCCAGAAGAGUUCAAUCUAAAUUGGAACGUAUUAUUCAAUUAAGAAAACACAUAUCUACUGUUGCUAAUAAGAAAGUUUCUAAAGCAGUAAAAUCUAGUUUAUAUCACUUCGAAAAACAUUACAAAUCAAUGGAUAAGAAUCACGCCAUGAUUAAGAAUGCAUUCGUGCAAACAAAAUGCAAAUAA